AUGGACAAAGUUUCAUGGGGGUACUACGUAGGCAAGAGGCUAGACACAUUGGAAACCGUUGACAAGGUCCCAGCCACAAAGUUUAAGGAGCUCAUCAAGUGCAACCAUAUUAGUUCUGUCUGGACAAUCAAACACUUUCAAUUCAAUGGCAUCGCAGAGGCAAGUGGCAGCUUGAAGUCCGGAAAGUCCUCCCAAAAGACUGCAACAUUGAUCUUCAUCCCUUGUGGAGGGCUAGACUGGGGAGGUGGCGGAGGAGGUGAUGGUGGUGGUGGAGGUGGCGGAGAAGGUGGCGGGGGAGUUGCUGUAGGAGGAGGUGGGGAAGCUAAGAUGGGUGGUGGCGGUGGGGUUGACGUGGGAGGUGGUUGUGGUGGCGUUAAGGUGGGUAAAGGUGGUGGUGGUGGCGGAGUUAAGAUGGGUGGUGGUGGUGGAGUUGUCAUGGGAGGUGGUGGUGGUGGAGUUAAGAUUGGUGGCGGUGGUGGAGUAGUGGGAGGUGGUGGUGGCGGUGGUGGAGAUGUCAUGGGAGGUGGUGGUGACGGCGUUAAGAUUGGUGGCGGUGGUGGAGUUAGCGUGGGAGGUGGUGGAGUUGACGCGGGAAGGGGAGGUGGCGGUGGGCUUGUUCUUGGAGGUGGUGGAUGA